CACAAUGUACUGCGGGUUCUUUUUAUGUUGGCUUUUCCUCAGUUCCCGUCAGCAUGACGACAUUAUAAAUGCAAGGCAUCCAUUUGUAUAGUGACGAAGCGCGCUAUAAUGAUAAUGUAUUCUUUUUUCAGAUCGAGCCUGACGAUUCAGCUUUGAUGCUAAAUCUAAAGUGCUUCGAAGCCUGCAUAGAGUCUUUUCAUCGACUUGUCGCCGACGUUAUGGCUGAUAGAGUAACAAGGACAGCUCAGGAUUUGGAGAAGAGAUCUUACUUUGGUCUCUACGAUGUUCCGCCUAAUUUGGGGGUAUUGAACUUCCACUCGGACGUUCGGUGUGUGUACAAUAAUAUUCGAGCUCUCCAGUUCGGACCUCAAGCCAACCAGCUGGGAAGUCCCAAAAUUUGCACUAUCACUGGCCAUAUUCUGUUGGUCAUCGGUGCAGAUAUUGUUCAGCAGAACAUCCCUAAAGAAAAAACAGCUGUGAGAGCCGGGCGGAAAUGUCCCGGCCUGGUUGGCCAAGUGGCCGGCAUAACAGUCGUCGUGGGGACAAACACAGACGACAUCAAACUGACCUUGGCGGAACUGGACGGAAGUCCUGUAACAUCAGAAAAUCUAAAAUCCUAUGCAAUCUUUGAGGGUUCCACACUUGAAACUCUCCCAGAAGAUCUCAGCAUGACCUCAGCUUCGGAGAUAAGGAAAAGAGAAUCGUUUUGGAAGCGCAAAAUUAAAAUGUACGAUCCCACAACAUUUUUUAUUCAGAAGAUGAAUGUCGAGUCGAAUAUCUAUGGCAAGUCAGAACGCAAUCAAAUGAAAGUUGCAACCUUUCCAAUUCCUCAAGUAAACAUGGACCAGUGGAACAUUCUUUAUAGAGACUUUAUGGAAGCUUCCUUCGUUGUCUUCGUUGGGCGCACAUGCUGUGCGACAUCUGUACAUAUCGGUUUGUUAGCUGACAGGGGGACCAUGCACACACAGCUUCAGGGAUGCUACGCCAACGUUUGUCCAGGAAUUUUUAACAUUGACUUCAACGUAUCUGCCUCCGACGCCGUCACUUCCUGUAUAAAAACAUUAUGUCAACUAAGAGAAAGCAAAACGUUUCUUCUGGACAUGUUUUAUCGGUACCCAGAGCUGAGAGGUCUCAAGACAUCACUUUAUCACAACAUGGUUUUAGCUUUUGGAUCUGACGUUGCAUUUGACCUGUUCAGCUGUCGAGAAAUCUUGGAAGACGGUAAAAUUUUGAUUACGCUAAGCUCCCAAAACCUACAGGUCUUCUACCUGGAGUCUCGCGGAAAUAGCCAUGUGAUUGACGUUCUUCGCCACUUCCCUACUUUCUUAAAGUCUCUCUUGUCAUUGGACAAAAAUGCCUCUUUGCUCGAUGUGUCUCUUAUUUCAUCCAAUGAGCUCAAAGAACUCUACCCAAAGCCGGAGAAUGGCUACCACGGUGAAGUACCACAAGAAGAUCUUUUAGACGAUUUUCGGCACUAUUGCAGUAGACAACCCCAAAGAUACGCGUUGUCGUCAACAGGCAAACAUCUGAGAUACGCAGAAGUGCAGGAGGAAGUGCAUCGUCUUUCUGAACUAAUGAAAGAAUUCCUUCCGUAUGACUCCCAUGAGGACAGGCCAUGCAUCGCACUGCACCUUGACAAAUCGCUGGAAUACAUUGUGUGCCUACUGUCGGCCGUCUCCUUACACUGCCCUUUUCUGCCUAUUCCCGAGGAUGUCCCCACUGAAAGGAUGUCUUUCAUGCUCCAGGAUGCUGGGUGA